CGUGUUAUACCAGUAUAUACACUUUGUGCUCAAUAUCCUUCUCGCAAUUAAUAAAGCGCGCACGACUCACCUAUCAAGCCAUCCAGAUCAUGCAUGCCGUGGUCAGACAGUGAGGGGCUGCAUGGGGAUAGCAGGCAGGCAAAGAUUUCGGUGGAAGCACCAGCCGCAACGUCUGCUGAGGAGACAGUCGCAAAGCCAGCGCCUCAAUCCACCACUUUCUUUCAGACGUAAACAAAUGCUGGUAUCACUGAAUUCACUACGUCUGAGUGGAGGGAGUUUGAUGGUGUAGUCAAAUACCGGCUCUGUGACUUCCUUGUCAACGAGAUUGGCCAGUCGGGCAGGGUCAUCCACCUGACAUCGUUUACGGAUGCAAAUAGUCCAGCGCCAUCCCAAAGAUGGGGAUGACCUGGAGGUGCCUGAAGACCCAAAGGAAGCAUUUGAGGAGGUAUUAAAGCAUAUGGUAGAGAUCCUGGGUGCCAAGGACGCACAGCAUAUAAGAACGCUGCUAGAGUCCGGAGUGACAAACAACCCUUUACCUACUGGUGUCUCUGUCAACACGCAGAUCCGACAGAUGAUGCUCAAGCGGGUGUCGCCCAACUCCAAGCCGAAGAGCGGACGCCGCCCGUGGAAAAACUGCGAUUCGAUGGACAUUCUGAACCAGCUGGCGAAGCUUCUGCGUGUCAAGCCUGGGCGCAGCGGGACAGUACAAAGAGUGCUAGGGUCUGGCAGUUUCAGCUAUGCACCCCGCGACUUGAGUCUCGACGAUUUUUCUGGCAACCCGCUCCAAAUUGUCCUCAGGUUUGAAGUUAUCAAUUACUUUGGCUUACAGUGGUUUGGCAGCAGCAGCAUGCUGUUGCAGGCCGUGGAUACUGAGGUGCUGAAGGUCAGCUGGCAAAAGGCUGUUGAUCUGUGGUUCUCAUGCCGCGCGAGGGCGAUCAGUUCAAGGUGGCCAAGGCGUGUGGCAUGUGUGGUCUCGCCUAUUCUUUGCAUACAAGUUCAGCGCAGCUAUCGGCAUCCGCACAUAUGCACUGUACCUGCGUCGGGCUUCUGUAGCUGAUCUGGCUAGCUGUGUUCUACUUUGUGUCUAUGAUCCGCAACGUCACCUAAUCGUUUAAUGAGCGCAUCGAGUCGAUUGUAUGCUGCAUUUUGGCGCUCGCUAUUAUUCUAUUCAUUGACCCUGAUCUGCACAUUGCCUCCCAAGUAUCCACUGAAUCAAAGCUAUCGAGUUGCCAACACACGGUCGAACACCUACCCUUACACGGUGAUGGACGACGGUGAUGAAUGAAUUCCAAAAGGGCCCGGCGUUCUGAGAUGGUCAGAGCAUUGCAACAUCGAGCAAUGCGCAUCAGCACUGGACUAAAGCAUCAGCAGCAUACGCAUGUCUAGUUUCAAUAUGAAAUGUCUACAAACGCG